AUGUAUCUUCCGCGACCAUUAAUCUCGAAACUUUAUGUGCAACUCCAGAGAACACACCAUCCUCUAUCCCCGCCCGUUAUUCUUCUCGUCGCACUUGAACCAGACGCUCUAUGCGGAUGCCGUAUUUUGACACAUUUAUUAAAGCGCGACUAUAUACCUCACAAAAUUAAGCCUAUCGCAGGUUACAAUGAUUUAAAAAAGGCCGGCGAGACUAUUAUUCGGCCCAUGAUGCAUAGUCAAGGUGGCAGUGGAGGUGUUGUGGUUUGUCUAGGAGUUGGAGGCUUGGUUGACCUCGAAACCCUCUUUAGAUUUGAUAUUGAGGGAGAGACAUCUUACGGUGGGGUGGAAAUAUGGGUGAUAGACGCGCGAAGGCCAUGGAAUCUGUCGAACGUAUUUGGAGGCAUACCACAAAUAACACCAGCCCAGGGUGUUGAUGCACUAUCAAAUAAAAAAACUCAAGGCUUAGAUGGGGGAAAAAUACAGCCAAGCUAUAAAUCAGGAAAUGGGGGUAUUAUCGUGUUCGACGAUGGGGAUAUUGACGAGGAUCUUGGUGCAGAAAAAGAGGCUUAUCUUGCAAUUGCUGAUAUGCCACCGAUAGAUGAUUAUGACUAUGAGGAUGAAGACAGCGAGGUUCAAAUUGCGGAUGAGGAUGAGGUACAGGCUCCACAAGCUGGUAAAAAACGGAAAUUCGGCUCAGAUCGAUCCGACAAUGAAGGAAGUGAAGAGGAGAAUCAAAGGCCUCGCCAGAAAUUUAAAAGAAACCCGCGAAUUUCAAAUACCGAGAAUCCUAGUGACCAUGAAUCGACUGACGAGCCCACACCAGGUGAAAGAAAUCAUUCAGCUCUUCAGAGCCCUAUUCAGACUGUCGUACAACCCUCGAUACAAAUAUUACGACGUCGGCUCACCAAGCUUCGUCGAAAGUAUGAAUCCGUCCUACAGGAAUAUUAUAGCCUCGGUGCUUCAUACUCAGAGCCUAUAUCUUCCAUCAUGUACUCACUUGCAUCUGAACUGGGUCGGGAAACUAAUGAUUUACUAUGGAUAACAAUUGUCGGGGUGACCUCCAUGGAAUUAUAUGGUCGUUCAUCUGUAGGCGUCGCUGUAACGACUCAAAAUAUAUCAACAUCUCAAAAAGGCUGGCUUGGAACACGUGGAACACGAAUACGGCAACUAUUAAGAGAUGAAGUUCGCCGUCUUAAUCCUCCGGACCUUUCAGAGUCUACACAUAAUUCAAAACGAAAUACCUCUCCCGAAGCUAGCGGUAUCAUUCCAACCACUGCUCGAAACCCAAAUGAUACUAGUAUCCGGCUUUCACCUGAACCUAGGUUCCUUUUGAUUCGUCAUUGGAGUUUAUACGAUAGUAUGCUUCAUUCACCUUAUCUAUCUGCCCGGUUGCAUGUUUGGUCAGAAAAUGGCCGUAAGAGACUACACAAGCUACUAGCAAAGAUGGGUGUAAGCCUUGUUCAGUGCAAGCAAAGUUACACACACAUGGAUAUGGAGUUAAAACGAGGCCUUAGAAAAAAAUUGCUCAAGUACUCUCAAAUGUAUGGCUUAGAUGAACUGGUUCCCCCUACAGAUUCAGAUGGUAAGGAUCUAGGAACCAGUAAGGAAGGAUGGGGGUUUGUUCGAAGCUGGGGCUGGCGUGCGACUCUAAACGCCGAGGAUGUAGGCGUCGUCAUUGGUGCAAUUCUUGAGGUCGGGAAAAAAGCCACCAUAAUAUCAGAAAGUACGACAAAUGAAGAACAUGGAACCAACAGCUCUUCUGAUGAGGAUGGUAUACUAGAGGCCGAAGAAUGGGUCGGAAGAUUUUGGGAUGCAUAUGAUGCUCUUGAAAAUAUUGAGGAGCUUAAAGCUGCUCUCCCUAUAGCCCAGCACCUUCAUCGAGCUAUUCUCAGAACUGGCACGUCUUUGAUUGAGAAGAGCCAGAUCCGUCACCUUCGAGCAUUCCGAAUGUGUAUUGUUAAAGAUGGUCCUGAUAUUUUGCUAUUUACCCACCCUGCCGCAUUAACAAAACUUGCAUUGUGGGUCGGAGAGGCAAUUUCACAACAAGAAAAAGAAACGAGAGGGAAAUUAGGCCACGGUGGACGAGGGACUCCGCUUGUUGUCGCAAGCUUGAAUGAGAAACGUGGAGUAUAUUGUAUUGUUGGUACUGGUGGAGGAGGGGGAGGUAUAAUAGGCUUUGGAGAUCUUCAGUCUGCAGAGAAAAAGCAGGCAAAACAAGAAGCCAAGGCUCAUGCACAGAAGCUCCGCCAAAAGGAAAAAGAACAAGUGCGAAAGCAGAGAAGAGAAGCAAAAAUACUAGCCCUCGGAAAUGAUACUGACGAUGAAGCUUCGGCAUCAGAAUCUUCGGACUCGACGACGGAAGAGUCAGAGGACGAGGAAAGUGAUAAAGAACAUUCAAGGGGGUUCGGACGAAAUAAGUUCGGAAAUGCAUUUCAAGAAGUAAUCGAUGAGACAAAUGCUCGAGUUCGAAUUGAUAGCUUCGAGCAUUGCGUUGUUGAAGUGAAGAAAGAAGACUUAGCUGGAUUUCUGGAGAGUCUAAGCAUGAAAUCUGUCGUUGGGUGA